AUGGCAGCGAUAGCGCUCAUGGUCGUCAUGGCGUGCUGGGAAGCAGCUGGGGCGAUAGAGAUCCUCUCGCCGAGACCUCGAGAGCUCUUCUCCUCCCUCCCCGUCUCUCCUCCUCUCCUCCUCUCCCCUGCCAUGACGAGGACGGCAGGUGCCGAUCUUGAUCCGGAUGUCAGAGGAGGAGAGGCGAAGCUGGGGUUGGGGAUCAACGGGAGGCAUCUCUACGACAUCCCUGCCAGCAGCUUGAUCGAGACGUCGUGCGGAGAUUUCAAGGAAGGGUCGAAUGAGAUUGCUGUCUACUUCAUGAGGAGAGACCAGGAAGCUCCUCAAGUGUUUCAGUUCAACAUCACGAUAAGGCUUGAUGCAGAUCAGAACGAGAUGAUUUUCUAUAUCCCCCCGAAAGACUCCGCCCACCCUCGUAUCCUCCAUCACCUCGUCACGCCACGUCAGCAGAGGCCAGACGAUGUUCAGCGAUGCUACAGCAAGACCUGCUCUGCUCAGGCAUGA